UGUGUGUUUCAUUGACACUUCCCAGUAUACGUAGGAGAGCAGAGAUCGAGAGGAAAGGCUGAACUCGAGUGAAUCCUGUCUGGACAACAGAAGGGAAUCCUGUCCAGGCGGCAGAGGCAGCAGCCAUGUUCUGCCGUUCUCUUCUGCUGGUUCUUCUGGGGCUCUCCUGCCUUCAGUCCUUCACCAUGGCACAGACAGCAGCCAUGUUCUGCCGUUCUCUUCUGCUGGUUCUUCUGGGGCUCUCCUGCCUUCAGUCCUUCACCAUGGCACAGAAUACAAAUGGAGCAGCAUUGUGCUGUUUUGAGUUUCAUAAAUCCCCGGUGCCUGCAGCGAACAUCGACAAUGUUGAAGAAACGAGAUUCGACUGCACACUUCCUGGAGUCAUUCUUACAACAAAAAAUGGAUUGCAGAUUUGUGCGGACCCUGAGGUGGACUGGGUGAAGCAGAUCAUCUAAAUUAUAACAGCAGCUUCAUCUCAAGCAUCAGAUUCAAAUUAGAAUAGAAUGCUGUUUAAAGCAAAUUGAUGUCUUGCCUAACAGGAAAAGCUUUUUUAUAUAUCAGACCUGCACCUGUAACUGCACUGAUUAUUCAUAUUUUCUAUGCAAAUUAAAGUACAUUUAUAGCUCACAGAC